UUAAACUAACUCGGAAACCAAAGUGCUGUUUAUAAUUUUCGAUAAUCAUUUCUUCCACACUUCUGGCAUAAAUACUCUUCCCUGUACUCUCUAAACCUUUUCCUUCUAUCAUGGCGACCGGUUUCGUUCCUUUAUCAAUCUCAGGUGGAUCUCAAUUGAAGGCACAUGAGCUUUGGUUCUCAAAGUCCAAUUCAUUUGUAAAAACAACAAAACUGGUAGUUCAAAGGAAGUCAAACCAGGUGGGAAACCGCAAGUUGUCUGUUCGUGCAGAAUACAAUGAUGGUAGUAGGGGCAGUGGCAGCGAUUUUGUUGCAGGAUUUCUUUUAGGAGGCGCCAUAUUUGGAACUUUAGCUUAUAUUUUUGCUCCUCAGAUAAGAAGAUCCCUGCUGAAUGAAGAUGAAUAUGGGUUCCGGCGGGCCAAGCGACCAAUAUAUUAUGACGAAGGUUUAGAGAUGACCAGGCAGACCUUGAAUGCAAAGAUCAGCCAACUGAAUUCUGCUAUCGACAAUGUAUCUUCACGUUUGAGAGGCGGCAAUAGUUCACCUCCUAUGCCUGUCGAAACUGAUCCUGAGGUAGAAGUUAGCAUGUGAGAUUUGUUUAUGUUUCUUCAUUAUAAUCUCUCAGACCAAAUACUGUUUGAAAAACAGAUAUGGUUGUAUUUAUCGGGGGUUUAGCUUCUUCUUGUUUAACUGAGAAUACAAGUGUUAUAGUUAGCAUUAUAGCAGCAUACAACACUGGCAUUUUUCAUGUAGACUUGAGAGUUUGAGGGUUUAUAAUAGCCUCCAAGUCUGUUCUCUUUUUUAA